AUGGUAGAAAACACCGAGAGUUCUGACACGAAAAACUUCUAUAACGUAAGCCCACUUCUGACUGAGAGUGACUAUGAGUCCCUGAAGAUAUUUGCCGGCGGCCUCACAAGGUCAACGACACCAGAGGACCUGAAAGAAUACUUUUCCAAGUAUGGAGAAGUGACACAUACUGAAAUAGUUCGAGAUAAGAAUACAGGUAGGAGCAGAGGGUUUGGGUUUGUUACAUUUGCAGAUAGGGAUUCUGUAAAUACAGUUUUGAGGAAGGUUCAUAAGAUCGAUGGCGUUGAAGCAGACGUUAAACUUGCUGUCAGAAAGGAAAAAUCUAAGAUUCUGGCCCCUCAGUAUGACCAAACAAAGAGAAUCUUUGUCGGAGGAGUGUCAGAGAAGAUAACUGAGUCCUAUUUCAGGGACUAUUUCGCUAGAUACGGACCCAUCACAUCGUAUAACUACCUUGUUGACAGGGCCACUAACAGGCCCAGGGGAUACGGGUUUGUAAUUUACGAGAACAUGGAAGACGCAGAGAAAUCUAUCGGUAUGCACCUUUCGUUGGGAAGAAACUGCGAAGCUAAGUUUGCCGAGCCCAAAUACCCUGAAAAGGAAGAGACCAUGAUCAGCGAUUUCGACUACUCAGCUUACUACUACGCCCAGGCAAAUCUUCUAUACUCUCAGUACCUAUCUCAAUUGUAUAACGGCCAAACAAAUCCUGAGUCAUCAAGUACUGACGAGAAUUCUACAAAUAGAUCUAGAGAGUCAAGUCCUCAUCGCAGGCGUGAACGAUCUUCUGACCGAAAGAGGUCGAGAAGAAGUCGCACUAGGUCAAGAUCUAGGACGAGAUCAAGGUCCAGAUCAAGAUCCAGGCACAGAUCAAGAUCAAGUUCUCGAUCUUACAGUAGAAGGAAACACAGGCGUUAG